GGUGUGGAUGCGCUGCUCUUCUUCUGUCCUUCUCCUCUCCAUAUAACCCGCAUUGUUUAGGAUCAGCUGUGUGUCCGAAACCCCACCCAAGCAAGGGCAAAGAUACCGAGAGAGAGAAAGCGUUUGAUUCGGAACCCACCCGCAGUGGACCGAGCUGUCUGUCGCUUUUCUUCUUCUUCUUCUUCUUCUUCUUCUUUUUCUUUUUCCCUCCGUUACAGCCGGAAGGUUUCAUCCCUCCAUCUUCCCUUCACCUUUCCUCUUUCCUCCAUCCUCCGGGCCGGAGUCAGCUGAUCGAUACACACACACACACACACACACACACACACAUACCACCGCCUUCAUCAUCAUCAUCUUCAUCUAGGUCCAGGUCCAGAUCCAGGAUGAUCGCGUUAUUUAACAAACUCCUGGACUGGUUUAAAGCUCUGUUCUGGAAGGAGGAGAUGGAGCUGACGCUGGUGGGCCUGCAGUACUCCGGGAAGACCACAUUCGUCAACGUGAUCGCGUCAGGACAAUUCAGCGAGGACAUGAUCCCCACUGUUGGUUUCAACAUGCGUAAGAUCACUAAAGGAAACGUCACCAUUAAGCUGUGGGAUAUUGGAGGGCAGCCGAGGUUCCGUAGUAUGUGGGAGAGAUACUGCAGGGGGGUCAGUGCCAUCGUGUACAUGGUGGAUGCUGCAGAUCCGGAGAAAAUUGAGGCAUCUAAAAACGAGCUGCACAACCUGUUAGACAAACCGCAGCUUCAGGGUAUUCCUUGUUUGUGUGUUUUGUGUGUGUGUUUGUGUGUGUGUGUGUGUGUGCGCGCACUGCAGGUUCUUGUGUUGGGCAAUAAGAGGGAUCUGCAUGGGGCGUUGGAUGAGAAGGAGCUGAUCGAGAGGAUGAACCUGUCUGCCAUUCAGGACCGGGAGAUCUGCUGCUACUCCAUAUCAUGUAAGGAGAAGGACAACAUUGAUAUCACACUACAGUGGCUGAUUCAGCACUCCAGAACCAGACGGAGCUGAGAGGUGGAACUUCCGAUUUGAGAAACAGUAUCAUGUGACCACCCGUAUGCCAAGUCCCCCCUUUGGGUUAUGCCCUUCCCCUAACUCUCUAAAACGACUUUCAUUCCUGUUUAAAAUUGUUAUAAAUAUGAUUUGCACUGUUUACAGUUUUACGUUUGUUUGUUUUUAAACUUUUAUGCAUUUUUUAUAAUAACAAAAUUCAGACCAGAUGGAUUUCAGUUACAAGAUGAAGUGUGUGUGUGUGUGUGUGUGUGUGUGUGUGUGUGUGUGUGUGUGUGUGUGUGUGUGUGUGUGUGUGUGUGUGUGUUUCAAUCUUUUCAUAGGUCAGUAAAUGGUUAAAGGAUAAUUCCUACUCUCUACAUUCAGGACACUUCAGUGUGGUUAUUAAGUCUGUGUCGAACAUUUGUGCUAAUUCCAUAAACUCUGAUAAAAUGAUGCAAGGUUUUAAACCUGAUAAUGAAACUCACUGAAACACCUCCAUAACUACUGAGUCUGAGACCAGUGCGUGUGUGUGUGUGUGUGUGUGUUAAGGAAGCAUCACAUAAAUAUCCACAGUGCUUCUAGCCUCCAGAUUAGAAUUGUGUGUAUAAACUGCAGCAUGCUUAAAGUUUUUAAAUGGUUGUGUAUUGGCCACGAUGUGCUAUUGUUUUGUUUUGUGUCAGCUUUUUCUCACAGGUGUAUUGUGUGUGUGUGUGUGUGUGUGUGUGUGUGUGUGUGUGUGUGUGUGUGUGUUAGAUAUCACACUACAGUGGCACACACACACACACACACACACACAGUUUUGUGGUCAGUAUGGAUAUGAACAUUAUAGUGACAUCUCUGAGUCUGAGUUUUUUAACCUCAUGUGUGAUCAUUUGAGUUUUAAUCUAGAGAUAAAAUGAGAAAUGAAAUUGAUUAAAAGGCAGCUGGUUUCUAUGGUCAGCUAGCUAACUUUGUUCUUCACUUAAGGUGGAAGUUCUGAGGACUUGAAGAUCCAGUCCACCUUAAAUCAUUUGGCUUUCUGACCUGUGAAUCCAGACUCGCAGUAGUUUAUCUUCUGAAAAGGAAAUAAAGGAUCUGUUCCUCUAUCUGAUAUUAAAGUGCCCCCUGAUUUGCACUGAUUUUACGUCAGGUUUAAACUCCAGUCCACCUUAAAUCAGUCAUUUGGAGCUCUUGGUCUCAGAAUGUCAGAUAUGUAAUAAACAUUUGUCCUCUUUUAUUUAUUUAUUUUCUUCCUGUUGUGAUCAUCAUCAGUGUUAAAUCUGCAGUUCCACAUGUGUACAGCUCAGACUUUUUCAGACACAUGGUUGAGUUUAAAACCUCUCCUGAUUUUUAACUUGAUGUUGUAAAUAACAACAAAACCCCAAACCCUGCUUCUGACUGGACUUUGAGAGGAAAGAAAAAUAUGUUGUGAUUUCUGUGAUUAAAAUUGACAAAUAAAAACACUCCAUGAUUUAGA